UGCCCUUGAUUACCCAGUAGCUAGCCGACCCUGGGAUUGCCGGAGAGUCUCUUGCGUCUUGAGUCGGCCCGGCACUGAUAAGUUGUCGAUUCGUUUCAAUUGGCACCCAGCCAAAAGUCCGCGAAAGGUAAUCAAGGGACCGAAGUAGCAUACAAAAAUCUAACGAUUUUUGCCGACGGGAGGUGGCAGGGAUACGUGCUUGCACGUAUGUCUCGCCCCUUACGCACUGUCCUAAACUCAGGUGAUUUAACUGUGAUAUUACGAAGCUUUUGCUUCAAAAGAGGUCCUGAACACACAUAGGACACAUUUGCUUUUGAUUGUCGUUUUUACCGUUUGAAAAUUCGUCGAUGUUGGCAAAUGUUGUUUUUCGCGUUUCGAUUUUAUGUUGUAUGUCCAUUAUCAUAAUUGAACUUCACAUUUUAUGCACAAUCACAAUGACAACACACGCGCACUAUUUAUUUUAACCCGUUUGUUUUGUUACGUCACUAUGUUUUUUGAUUUUCUUUUACCCUACUGACCCACAACACACGCAGAUUCUCAUACACAAUGACUCGCAAGCGACGAGCAAAGGCUGAAGCCAAUUAUAAACCAAUCAAUUGGCAGCCGUCGACGUACGAUGCGGACGAGUCGGACUUAGAGGAAUGGUUUGAAAUGCCUCGUCCGUUGCUCUCGACGCAUCCCAACUACCCGCUAGAGGAGUUGGAGCUGGACCUCGAAGAAACUUUGCAUACCAUUCGGGAGCAAAGGACUUCGGGAGUAAUGAUGCCAGCAGACGUCAUAAAAAUUAAAAGAAUCAUCUACCUUUUUAUGCGUGACAUGAACAUCGUCACAUGCGAUGUAAAUUCUCGUUAUUUGCCCCCCAGCGCGACAUGCGAAUAUAGGGCGCCGGAAUCAGAACCAGAGGAAGAGAUCGAGUUGAUCAUUCCUAGUUCCGAUUCCGAUGAUUUCGAAAUGUCCUUCAGCGAGCCCGAAUCUGAUUCGGAAAACCUGCUUCAGGUCGAAAAGGGAACGAAAAGAAGCCCUGUGUCACGCAACUCUUCUGGUUAUUUCUCUCCCGAUUUUGACACCAGUAAGUCGGUGCUUCAAUCUUCCAAAAUUCCCCGAGACUUACCUGGUGAAGCUUUCCUUACUUCCAAAGAACAAACUUCGAACCCCGAAUCCCUCAGAAAGCAGACCCGAUCGUUCAAGAUCCGGAAAAAGGCCAACGUAAAUCUUCGAGCGGAACCUACGGCCAAAGAACUGUGCAGCGAACCUACUUCGAUUUUGGAAAUCUACUCUUCAUUGAAUAUUCCCCGUUCCGGACGCACACCUGGAACCCCCCAAAAGGUCUUUUCAUUCAAUAAAAAGAAAAACAAAUGCCACUAAGAUUUCAAAACUUUAUUCAGUUGCUUCUUUCCACU